UUGGGGUUGCUUGCAAAAGCAUAGGUUAAGGGCUACUUAAAGGAAAACAGGCAAUUUAUGGCAGCUAUGCAACCAAGAGUCUCCACCAAGCAACUGUGAACUCCUCAUGUAUUCUCAGAGAGAGGCAGAGUCUCAUGCCUUGUGAACCCCGCCCUCCCCAAGACAAGGGAACAUCACUGGGCUCAGUCUCCUGAGUCUGUCUCUCCAGGCAAGUAUUCACAGCUGCUCUGAUGGCAAGAUGGAGGCAGCCAUGUCAUGCCUAGAGGACAGAGUUCCACUACAACAAGAUUGCUGGCUGCGCUACACUAGUCUUUGCAAUAUCUGUUCCUGCCAGUCCCCAGUGUCCCUCACUACAGGUAAGCGCUGCACCAGAGGAAAGGUGACUUCAGAGUUUGUUCCCUGUGUUGCUGUCCCACACUCUGCGACCUUCAGUGCUGUCCUUCUGGGAGCCAAGAAAGACCCAGAUCACCAUCUAUGUGAGUGCUGCAGCUAACAGAAUGGCUGGAAGACCCGAGAAGGUUUUGUUUCUGAUAGGAUUCACUCUCCUCUGUCUGAAAACGGUUAUUUCAUCCACAACAGCACCUGAAAUACCAACUAUUGAUCAGGCAUAUUCAAAAAUCAGCAAUAGUAUCACAGUAGAGUGGACUACUGUGCCAGGGGCCACAGGUUACUUGCUCACAGCUGAAGAUGGGGACACAAUCAUUGAGACCACGGUGGCCAGUUCCCCAGGCACUGUGACAGGCCUGAAGGCUGCGACCUUGUAUCAAAUCACCAUCAGGUCCAUCAGCGCCUCUGGACGAAGCCAGGCAUCAUCUCCAAAGCAGGCAAAGACAGUGUUGGCUGCACCAGUUUUGGAAGUUGGCUCUCCAAGUCCAGACUCCAUCUUUGUAAGAUGGGAUGCUGUAUAUAUGGCAAUCGGCUUCUCUGUGUCUGUUAUGCGAGCCAAUGGCUUGGGUAGAAUUUGGAAAGAGAAUACUACAAACACCUCCUUGACCUUCAGCAGCUUAGAAGCUGGGACUCUGUAUACUAUCAAGGCCUAUGCUUGGAAUGCCAAUGGAAUCCCUGGGGAUGACUCCACCUGCAACCUGAGAACCAGUCCUCGUGCCCCUGCCAACAUUGAAGUCUUCUUUGACAGUGGGUCCCUGAAGGCGUCUGUUUCAUGGACACCAACAGAAGGAGCAUUCAACUACACGGUGAUGGCGUCCAGCGAUUCUUCCCAGCGGAGCUGCAGCACAGCUCUCAGUUCUUGCAGCAUCAGUGCCCUGCAGUGUGGAACUGAGUACCUGAUUUCUGUCUCAGCCAGUAAUGAUGCUGGGUCCAGCAGGUCCUCUGCAGGGACCCUGAAGACUGGUAUGUGUACUUACAUUAAUAUGGAUAUUAUUAGCAUUGGUGAACUGGGUGAUGUGUUCAAUUACACCACAGCUCCUUGUUGCCCUAGUGACAUUAGCGCAGUGUUGGUGUCCAGUGACAGAAUGGAAAUUGCCUGGUCUCCUGUGCGUGGUGCUGAACUCUAUGAAACCAAGGCCACAGCUGGGUUCAGUGUGGUGGAGUGCAACGACACUGCUCCUGCUUGCACCCUCUCUGCUUUGGAUUGCGACACCAAGUACAACAUCACAGUGUAUUCCUUCAGCGAGGUCCGGGGCAGCAAUCUGUCAUGCUCCUCCCAAUACAUCACCACAGCUCCUUGCAGUCCUGAGAUAAAAAAUAUUUCAAAGGAUGCAUUCUCCACGAUUAAUGUGCACUGGCAGUCUGCUAAUGAAGGUGCCACUUACACGGUGACUGCCCAGGGGAAGAAGG